UUCCCAUCGUCCUCUCUGCUGUCCUGCCAUACAAACUGUCGUAAAAUGUGAGUUUAGAGCAGAAAGAGGGAUGCACAGCACCGAGAACGGCUGAGAGUUUUUGUUUGUUUUCGCUUGUUUCUGUCGGAAUGUGUCAGUAGUUCUGCUCGGUUCUGGCCCUCAAUUGCUAUCGUCAAGAUGGAGGCCAUGGAGGACGACAGCUCGGAGGUUAAAGACGACCACAACCACAACUAUUGCGGUGGUAAAGUCAGGGCGGCGCUUAGCAGCCAGGUACCGGAUGGAGUAGGAGCUCCUGAGCCCGUUUGUCCAACGGUACCGGGGGGCGAACCGGCGAAGCGGCAAGCGAAACUGUGGUCCGGUAGUCCCCGCGGGUCAAAGUUCAUGGACUCGGACACAGGCAGCGAGAACAGCGAAGUUAGCGAGCCGGACUGCUCGGCUGCUAGCACCGAGGACAAAUUCAGACUCGACUCCACUUCCAAGUUUCGUAAGGGCCCGAAGAGCCGCGUGUUGAAUGCGAUGGCAAUAGAAGACUACCGGAAAAACCACUGGCCCAACCUAGAGGAGGCGAUAGACCGCCUGCUGAUCCAGAACCUCUCGGACCACAUUUCGGUCUCCUACGCUCAGAUCUACGGCUACGUCUAUAAGUGUGUUUGCCAGCAGCACUCUGAGCUGCUCUACAGCGACCUGACCUCCAAGAUAACGGCUCACCUGCAGCAGGUUUCCACACAGCUGCAGGCCAGCCCAACUGAGAACCUGAUUGAAAACUUCAACAUCGCUCUGACUCAGUACUUGGCGUCUCUUCAGUGUAUCGUUCCAGUGUUUAUAUACUUGAACAAGUUCUAUAUUGAGUCAAAACUGAACCGAGACCUGAAAGAGGAUCUGAUGAAGCUGUUUGCAGACCAUGUUGCAGAAGAACAUCUAAGGAAAUUGAUGCCUCUGCUCAUUAAAGCUCACUCCAUGCCGUUCCAAGUGCACCCGUCCACGAUGGCCAGCGUGGUGAAAGGCCUCUACAGCCUGCGACCAGAGUGGGCCCAGCUCGCUCCGGCCCUCUUCUCCAGCUUCAUCCCACAGAUCCACCCCCCCGCCGUGGAGUCCCAGCUGCACGAUUACGCCGACCGCGACCGGAAGCUGCAGAUGGAGCUCUCCAUGAAAGGCUUUCCACGGGGCGACCAAUCUCGCAAACGCGCCAGCGAAGACUCCUGAUGGCGCCAACUCUGUUGCAGAACUCUACUGUGCCUCCUACAGAUUGAUCUCACUCGCUGCUCUAAAUACACAUUCAACAACGCCUCACGUUCAUCUCUGUUGACGCGAGGCCACAAAAACACUGUGAACACAACGACCGCAACGAUUUUCAUUUUGAUGGACGGGAGGGAAAAUCGACACUCUCAGACUUCCAUACAGGUUCUUCCCUGAAUCCAGCUGCUGUGAUUUACGUCUGCAGCUGGAAAUCCUGUGAAUGUUUGAUAAAGAAGGGGCUAAUAAACACUUUCUAGUUGCUGCUAACCAUAAUCUUCGUGUUUAAAUCCCACGAAUCGCUUGUUACAGAAAAAAAAAAAACGUAAGACCUCUGUUGUAAUUAUCUACUUUUAUGUUGCCUUUAACACAUUACUAACAAAAUAAAACGUUUGCCAAAGAGGAGCAGAAGAUAUUUAACUUUUAUAUGCGAUUCUUUUCAUUCAGGCUGCUUCCUCCCUUUAACGUUUGCACCGAUCAGCCGUUACCAGUGCAUCUUAACAUCAGCUGUUAACUUAUUUCUAUAAUUUAAGAUGAAACUUGUAAAUUAUAUUGAUUCAUUCAUUACAGAGUGAUGGAUGUAAAGAGUUUAAUUCUGUUGAUUUAAUAAAAGCGUCAAAUUAGG